AUGAAUUGCACUUAUCAUAUUCUAAAUCCCAUCACUUUGAUAUGUAAAGCCCCUCAUAAGUGUGAAUGCUAAAGAAAACUUUGUGCUGAAUGUCUUGAUGAUCAUGGAGUAGAUGGUAAUCAUACAAUAUCUCUGAAAAAAUUUUAAGAAAUGGCUAUGAAGAAAUUAAAAGACUUCAACCUUAAUGAUACAACUGAGUUAACCAAAUAGAGAGUGGCCUUUAAAGCCUUGCUCACUCAAACAGAAUAAAUGAUGAAGAAAAUUUGGGAAGAAUUGUCAGAAUCUAUCAAAUAAGUAUACGAUCAGAUUGAAAAGGAAAACUAAUCUUACUUAAAUCUCAUCAAGGAAAAUACGAAUCUAGCUGAAUCCUCUUACACAGACUUAGAAAAAUUAGUAAAAAUUGUAGAAGGCUCAACUUUAAAUGAUUGGAAUGCUUCGAAGAAUUCUUAUAUUAAUUAGUUAGAUAAGACUUAGAGCUGGUGGGACCAACAUAUAAAGGCUUUUUUUGAGAAGUCUAACUAAGGAAUCCAACAGAUCCAAUCAUUAAUCAAGUAAGUAUUUGUUUAUUAUUGUAGAAUUUAAGCUAAUCAAGAAGAAGAAUCAGAAGAAGUAUAUUAAAUGAAGGAAGAUCUUUAUGAGAUGCUAAC